AUGCCGUCCCAAGAUUCAUUGCGAUUGCUCGUUAUCGGUGCCGGUAACCGAGGAAGAGCAUAUACCAGAGCCCUGAGAAACAACGAACAAGUUAUCAUCACCGGCAUUUCUGACCCCAACAAGAUCAGAAGAAAUGCUCUCGCGAAAAUGUACAAAGAGUUCCGGCCCGAUGCGGAGAUAAAGCUAUACGAGGACUGGAAGGAAACUAUUGCUGAUGCUGAUUCAUACGACGGAGUGAUCAUCUGUACCAUGGACCAGAUGCACAGAGAGAUCGCGGUGAUCUUCGCCAAUCUCGGGAAGCACAUGUUAUGUGAGAAGCCAAUGGCAACUACCUGGAGUGAUUGUCAGGAGAUUUUCAAUGCAGUGAUUGAAAACAAGGUGAUCUUUGCCAUGGGCCAUGUCCUUAGAUACUCGCCCCAUAACGUCUACUUGAAAAAGCUACUUGACGAUGGUGUUAUUGGUGAAAUUAUCAACAUGAACCACACCGAGCCGGUGGGCUGGUAUCAUUAUGCCCACUCGUACGUGAGAGGAAACUGGAGGCGUAAGGACGUGAGCACAUUCAGUCUUAUGGCCAAGUGCUGCCAUGACAUCGACGUUUUAAUGUGGAUCAUGGGCAGAGAAAACUGCAAGCGGGUGUCUUCUUUUGGUUCCCUGUCGUAUUUCAGAGCUGAAAACAAACCAGCAGCUGCCAAAGGUGCCUCCAACUGUACCACCUGUCCAAUGGAGGAGAAUUGCGCUUACUCCGCCAAAAAGCUGUAUAUGGACAGUUUUGAUAAGGGUGAUAAGGAAUGGACUAUCAAGAUAUGUGAUGAAGACAAUAGAGACGCUCUGCUGAAAGCUCUUGAAACCUCCGAUUAUGGCCGCUGUGUGUAUGAUUGCGACAACGAUGUCUGUGACAAUCAGGUUGUGAACCUGGACUUCGGCAAGGCCACGGCCACCAUGACGAUGAUUGCACAAUCCAAAGAGGUGUGCAACCGUAAGAUGUGUUUCUAUGGAACCACCGGUGAGAUUUAUUCUGACUCCAAGACCAUUGAGGUCUUCGAUUUCGUGACCAAAAAGAGUACCUUCCACAAGCCCGAGGAGGUGGAGGAGUCUGGCCAUGGAGGAGGAGAUCUCGGUCUCGCCACUGCUUUUGCCAAUGCCCUGGUCGACCAUGUUGUACAUGGUAAGACAGUUGAUGCUGCUCAGAUUGAGCAUAUCAAGUGCACACCGGAAGACGUAUUGGUGUCCCACAAGGUUGUGUUUCUUGCGGAGCAAUCCAGGUUGAACGGAAGUGUAUCGGGAAUAGAUGAUAAGAUCACCAUUUGA